AUGGUAAAGGCAAAAAUACAAGGUGCCACACAUUCUCCAGGUCAAAAUAAGUAUCCGGCACCACCUACUGGACAACAACCACAACAACAACAACACCAACAACAACAACCUUAUAAAGCUGGAGAUGUAUACUAUCCACAACAACAACAUCAGCAACAACAACCACACCAACAAUAUCAAAUGAGUCAACAAUAUCCACCUCAACAACAGCAACCACAACAACAACAACCAAACCAAUUCAACCAAAAUAGCGGAUAUCCAACACCACCAACUACACCACAACAAUUCCAACAUCAGCAACCACAACAACAACAACAAAAGCAAUUUAAUCAAAAUAAUGGAUAUCCAACACCACCAACUACACCACAGAACAACCUUUAUCCAACCCCACCAUCGACACCAAUAGCUUACAACAAUCCAAGUGGUGAUGCCUAUUUUAAUCCGAAACAACAACAACAACAACAACAACAACAAUUACAAGUACCGAAUAGACCAGUUUCAGGACGAUUAUCUACCAGUCCAAUUCCACCGAUUGCAGGUCCAGUUCCAUCGCCACAGAUGAAUGCAUUCCACGGUCAGCUAAACAAUGAACAAUCGAUGGUAUCUCCUUCAGAGAUUAGAACUAGUGACUGUCGUAUGGUUGUCCAAAACGAUGGAAAUCUUGUCAUCUACAAAUGUGGUAAUCACGUAAUGUGGUCUUCCAAUACCUGUUUCAUGGGUAACGGUCCAUAUAAACUAACAAUGCAUUCCGAUGGAAAUCUAACACUAUGCGAUUCAACCAAUUCUAUAUCUUGGUCGAGUAAUACAGUUAGUAAAGGAGUAGCACCAUUCACUUGUAAACUGAAUGAAAAUGGAUCAUUCAAUAUAGUAGAUUCCACAGGAAAUAUAACAUUUAAUUCUCAUCCUUAUAUGAAACCAAAACCUCCACAACAACAGCAGCUGCAACAACAACAACAACAACAACAACAACAACAACAACAACAACAACAACAACAACAACAACAAUAUCCAGUUCCUCCACAACAAAAUAUUCCGCAACAACAAACUGUUGUUCAACCAAUUCCAAUACCGAAUCCACCAGUUCAUAAAGCAGCACCACAACCACAACAGCAGCAACAACAACAACAACAUGGAAAUAAUCAAAGUUAUUCAUUGUUGUUGGCUAUGGUGAAUCAAGAAAGAGCCAAGAUGGGACUGCAAGCGAUGCAUCCUGAUGAACCGUUACAGUUGGCAGCACAGGCACACUCUGAUUACCAAGCACAAAUCCAUCAGAUGACACACGACGAUCCAAGAGGUGGACUGGCAGAGCGAUUCCAAGCAUUCGGAGGUACCUACAACUAUUACGCUGAGAACGUAUUCGCAGGACCAAGAAGUGAACGCGAAGCAAUGGAAGGCUGGAUGAAAAGUCCUGGUCACAGAGCAAACAUCCUAAAUCCACAACUCAAUAGAUUCGGUGGUGCUGUCACUGUUGGUUCUGACGUUUAUAAAAUAAUUAUGAAGAGAUUUACACCUGCGGGAACAAAUAAUAAUUUGAAGAAAUCAAAACCUGCACCACAGCAACAAGCUUAUAGAGGUGGUGGCGGUGGAGAUGACGAUGACGAUGACUUUGAAGAGGAUGAAGAGGAUGAUGACGAUGAUAUCUUUGAUGAGGAGGAUGAUAUUGAUAAUCAAGAUGAUGAUGCAAUGGAUGAAGGUGGUGUUGGUGCAGAUGGUGCUGACGCAGCAGCAGACGAUGAAAUGCAAGUCGAUGACGAUACACAGCAACUUCAAUUUUGGUCACGUCGACCAGUACCCCCUAUUCACUGUGAGACUCAAUCGUUUGUCUUCCAGCAACUCGAGGUAGACUAUGCCGAGUUGAAGGAGCCACUCGCUGGAAUGCCAGGUCCACCCACUGGACCCGUUCCAAUCGUCCGUCUAUUCGGUGCAACGCGUAACGGUAACAGUGUUCUCUGUAAGGUCCACGGUUUCCUCCCAUACUUUUUCAUCUCAUGUCCCAACGGAUUCACUCAAGCAGAUUGUAGUUUAUUCUUGAAAUUAUUAAAUAAAAAAAUGUUGGAAAGUACAACAAAUAAUCAUACAGAUCAAAUUGUGUUGGCAAUUGAUAUCGAAAAGAAAAAGUCGAUUCUUGGAUAUAAUCCGGCACCACCUACUGAUUAUAUAAGAAUUACAUUGGCAAUGCCAAGAUAUGUACCAAAGUGUCGUGAUGUCUUGGAGAAUGGAUUAAAGUAUCAAUUUGCUUUGCCAAAUCAACCACCUAGACUCUACCAAACAUUUGAAUCCGACAUUCCAUUCGCUCUACGUUUCCUCAUUGACAAACAGAUUCCAGGUUGCAGUUGGAUCGAACUACCAGCCAACUCCUACAGAAAAUCAGAAACAUCAUUAUCAACCUGUCAAAUUGAAAUCGAUACUUCUGUUGAAACAUUGACUGUACAUCAAAUUGCUCCGGGAUGGGAUGAUAUCGCACCGUUUAGAAUAUUGUCAUUCGAUAUUGAGUGUGCCGGUAGAAAGGGUGUCUUCCCAGAGCCAAAGAAAGAUCCGGUCAUUCAGAUUGCCAAUGUCGUAAAGAUUCAGGGUGAGAAGGAGCCGGUCAUUAGAAACGUGUUUACUCUGAAGAGUUGUUCCAGUAUUGUCGGUGCACACGUCAUUUCCUAUGAGAAUGAAGCGCAGUUGCUCAAAGAAUGGAAGAAGUUCAUUACAAAGAUCGAUCCCGACAUUAUCAUUGGUUACAACAUUGCCAAUUUCGAUUUGCCCUAUCUGAUCGAGCGUGCUCGUGCACUGAAAAUCGGUGAAUUCGCCUACCUGGGUCGUAUCAAAACGACGAUCUCCAAGAUUAAAGACUCGCGUUUCUCAUCGCAGAAUCUUGGUACGCGUGAAUCGAAAGAGAUUUCGAUGCCCGGUCGUACUCAGUUUGAUAUUAUGCAAGCGAUUCAGCGUGAUCACAAACUGAGUUCCUAUUCUUUGAACAAUGUGUCGGCACACUUCCUCAAGGAGCAAAAGGAGGACGUUCACUUCUCGAUUAUCACUGACCUCCAGAAUGGAACGGAUGACGAUCGUCGUCGUCUUGCGGUGUAUUGUCUCAAAGAUGCGAUGUUGCCGUUGAAGCUAUUGGACAAACUGAUGUUGAUCAUCAACUACUCUGAGAUGGCAAGAGUCACCGGUGUCCCAAUGAGUUAUCUGCUUGGUCGUGGUGAAUCGAUCAAGGUACUCAGUCAACUCUACCGUAAGGCAAUGCUGGAGGAUCUGAUUCUUCCCACGCAAAAGGUGACCGGUAAGGGUGACAAAUUCAAGGGUGCCGUGGUCAUUGAACCGACUCCCGGUUUCUACGACACUCCGAUUGCCACUCUGGAUUUCACCAGUUUGUAUCCCUCGAUUAUGAUGGCUCACAAUCUCUGUUACUCUACACUGAUCACCCAGGACUACAUUAAAACACUGCCCAACACCGAGUACACUGUCACACCGUCUGGCGAUGCUUUCAUCUUGCCAAACAUCAAGAAAGGACUGCUGCCUCGUAUUCUCGAGGAACUUCUCACCGCAAGAAAGAAAGCCAAGGAAGAACUCAAAGUGGAAACCGAUCCAUUCAAGAAAGCUGUACUCGACGGUCGUCAGCUCGCACUGAAAAUCUCUGCCAACUCUGUAUACGGUUUCACCGGUGCACGUGUCGGUAAACUUCCAUGUAUUGAAAUCUCUAGAAGUGUAACAGCUUUUGGUAGAGAAAUGUUAUAUAAAACAAGAGAUUUUGUAGAAGCUAAAUAUACAAUUGCAAAUGGAUAUUCACAUGAUGCUAAAAUUAUUUAUGGUGAUACUGAUUCUGUAAUGGUAAAGUUUGGUGUUUCCACUGUCGAAGAAGCAAUGGAUUUGGGUAGACACGCAUCUAAAGAAGUAACAAAGAUUUUCAUUCGUCCCAUCAAUUUGGAUUUCGAAAAGGUUUACUAUCCAUAUCUCCUUAUGGCCAAGAAGAAAUACGCUGGUUUAUUCUGGACAAAACCAGAUAAAUUUGAUAAGAUGGAUGUAAAAGGUUUAGAGAAUAUUCGUAGAGAUACAUGUUUAUUGGUUAGAAAUGUAGUUUCCAAUAUUUUAAAGAUGAUUCUAAUUGAUAAAGAUAUUAAGAAAGCUGAAGAAUAUACAAAGAGUGUAAUUAGUGAUUUAUUACAAAAUAGAUUGGAUUUAUCGAUGUUGGUAAUUACAAAGGCUUUGUCAAAGAGUGAAUACAAAGGUAGAGUUAUUCACAAUGAGUUGGCACAAAAGAUGAGAGCGAGAAAUCCAGCGACCGCUCCCAAUCUUGGAGAUCGUGUUCCCUAUGUCAUUACUCAAGGUAUCAAGAAUGCACCGAUCUACGAGAAGGCCGAAGAUCCACUCUACGUUCUCGAGAAGAAUCUGCUGUUGGACACCAAGUACUACUGUGACAAACAGUUGAAAGCACCGCUGCUUCGUAUUUUCGAACCGUUGCUUCCACAUCCCGAGAGUAUUUUCACCGGUGACCAUACUCGUACCAUUGCAACACAGACGCUACCGAGUAGUUUCGGCAAUGGAUUCUUUGGAAACAUCGAAAAGAAACGUGUCUAUAAUUUAGAUAAAGUAUGCUUUAGUUUAGCAUGUCGACGUUUAUUUAAUGAAAGAGAACAGUAUCUCACAUUGAAUGUAACAACAAAGUGUGAUGAAAUCGAUCAAACACCUUCAUUGAAAUCAUACACCAAUAUCAUUAAUAAAUCAAUAACUAAGAUAAAACAUAGAGAGACAUUGACAAUAUCAUCAAAGAUUAAUGAAUAUCAACUUUCAUUAGUUAAUCAUGUGUUAAGUCGUGCAUUCAACCAUCCUCUACCACCAGGAGUACUUCCUCAGUCGCUAGUUUCAAUUAUCUUUGGAAAUAACUUUGAUCACGAUUAUGAUAGGAUUUCAUUUCCACCGAAAUUGAAACACCUCAAGCUCGGAAUCAAACAAACCUACUAUCCGAGUAAUCUUCCUGUUGGUCUAGAAUCAUUGGUUCUCGCUACCUCUGGUUAUUCAUUAGGCACAAUACCAUAUGCCUUUAGUGAAACACCAGUACUUUCAACCAUUAAGAAUCUGCCGUACUCCAAUGCCAGAGAUAUUCCACCGAGUGUCAGAGUAAUUAGUUUUUCCAGUAGAGACUUCUCACAGCAUUUGGUUGUACCAGGAUCGAUAUCCAACAGUAUCACCACGUUGGAUCUAGGUUCGUUGGAACUUAAGUUAGACAGACCUGGCAUUAUACCUACGAGUGUUACCAGACUGUAUUUCGGAGAGUACAAUCACCCACUUUCACCUGGUAUCAUACCAAAUGGAGUCAAAUAUUUAAAUCUUGGGCUGUUGUUCAAUCACACUUUGAAACCCAAUGAUAUUCCAAACACAGUUGAAGAACUCAUCUUUAGUACCGUUUACAGCGAAGAAAUUGAACCGAAUGUUCUACCAUCAAGUAUCAAGACUAUGUAUAUCAACGAGAAAUACACUUUCCCUUUUAAACCAAUGGUAUUACCAUCAGAAUUACAAUCACUUAGAAUCGGUGAGUUGUAUAAAUAUCCUCUCGCUGACAUUAUUCUACCAACCACUUUAACAAAACUAUGCCUUGAUCCCUACUACAAAUGCAAAAUCAGUCAAGAAGCAGUGCAAAAUCCUUUAGAGAUUACAUUGGGAAAAUAUUAUUUUAGAAGCAACAAGCUUAUAGAUUUACCAUCAAAGAUACACACAAUCAAUAUACACGAAGAGGUGUUGAGAAUAAGACCGACUGCACCAAUGGGAUUGAACAGAUCAAACAAUGAAGAUACUGAAAUCUGCGGUUAUUUCAUUCCAAAAGAGACACAAUUAUUAAUGAAUAUCUAUUCGGUUCAUCACAAUCCAAAGUAUUGGCCAAAUCCAGAGCAAUUCAAUCCCGAUAGAUUCUUGGAGCCAGAAAAUGUGAACAAUCAUGAAACUUGGAUUCCAUUUGGUGUUGGUCCAAGAAAUUGUGUUUCAAUUUUUUCAAAGAAUUUGAUAUUAAUUCUCAAGUGA